GAAUACAUGUGUAGAGCUGACUUUGUGCAGAGUAACAAUUGCAUCUUCAAAAUCCUUCAACCACCGCCAACACCACAAUCAUAUUUUCAACGCGCUUGAUCAACUGGUUGAAAACAUUAAUCUUCCGUUGCUUAAUUUGUUUCUCGCUCUAUAAUUAUUCUUCCACACGUUAAUUUGCCUUCAAAAUCAUCAAUACAUCCAUUUUACCAUUUGCAUUAUACACAUCUUUUCAAAAUAUUCAUUCUUGAAUGUGGAUGUUUCUGAAAUUGUAUCAAAACCAGCUGCCGCCGCCGACUCCUCCACGAGAUCAGAUUAUUUCAAUAUGGCUGCAUAUGGUGCAGCGGCUUCUCUGAAGAAUACGAUUCAGCAUAUUCUACAAUCGUCUCGCAUUUCUCUCCUUUCCCCCUCUCCACAAAUCAUAUUCUCAGCUGAUUAUGGUGCAGCCACUUCUCUCAGGAAUGAGCUUCAGCGUAUUCUACAAUUGUUUAGCAGUUCUCUCGUUUCCCCCUCUCCACAAAUUUUACUACCUGCCUACGACGAGAUGGGUCGAUUGCAGAGAGUUCUGCUAGAAUUGGACAAGACCAGCUGCAGCAAGAUCAGGACCAAGGUGAAUGCUUUGGAUGAACGAAUCAAAGAGGUAGUUUGGGAAUUUGAAGAUUUACUUGAAUCCCAUGUCUUCCAUCAGAGUCUUCCACAACUCGAAAGCGAGAGAGACAGCUUGUCAUUCCCUGUUGAGCUGCAGAGUCUGGAACACCAUGUUGAUUGCUUCGUCGAGAAGAUAAAGAUGAUGGAGGAGGAAUACACUUAUGAAAUGGAGAAUAUGCCUGAAGAAGAAGGCGACCCUAUUUCCUCAAGAAUCGAUUUUGGUGGAAUGAUCAAAUCAAAGAUGGUUGGAUUAUCUGAUGAAUUUCAAAAAGUAAGAGAUAAUCUUCUUGAAGAUAAACACUAUUCGAUUAUUGGGAUGGCGGGCGUCGGAAAGACAACUCUUGCUAAGCAUAUUUUUGAAGAUCCAUCAAUUCGGAGCCAUUUUGAGUUUCGAGCAUGGGUCAGAGUGGGCAGAAAAUGCGAACCCAAUGAACUAUUACGAUGCAUUCUAGCUCAAUUGGAUCCCAACGCUUACCAAAUGCUCACCCAAGGAGAUGAUGAGGAGGAGGAAUUAGAUGGACUAUUGAAAGAAAAAUUGAAGCAUAAGAAAUGUCUCAUCGUGUUGGAUGAUGUUUGGGAGGGACAAGCAUCAAAUCGCUUGACAAGUUGCUUAGGAGAAAAGAAUAUUGGUGGAAGUGUUCAAUUCUUACUUACAAGUAGGAUACAAAUGGCAUUCGAGGAGGGUGGGUUCCAAAGAGUGCGCUUGUUGAAUAAUGAAGAAAGUAAGGAAUUACUCGGUGAGAAGGUGUUUGGUGAAGAGGGUUUCCCUCUUCAACUUGAGGAACUGGGAGAGAAGAUUGCGUGGAAAUGUGAAGGUCUUCCUCUUAUAAUAGUCACGGUUGCAGAGCUCCUAUCAAAAGCUGACAAGACCCCAGAAUACUGGACUGAGGUACUCAUCAAACAACGUAGUUCAGUCUUUGUGGAUGCAUAUAAUCAAAUAUCAGAGGUACUUUUACCAAGCUAUGAUUACUUACCUCAAUAUUUAAAAAUGUUUUUUCUCUACAUUGGGGCUUUCCCUCCAUAUUUGGAUCUCUGGCUACCCAUGCUCAACACUACGUUGAGUGCUGAAGUGUUUCUUCAACCAAGUGGAGAAGGAAGUUUUGAACUUUUUUGGCCGACAUGCUUGGACAAGCUUUCGAGGUGGCAUAAUCUUGUUCUUGACACAUCACACGAGGAUGAAUAUUUAUUUGGGGAUAGAAAGUAUCGUGUGCAUUCUUGUUGGCAACAUGUGUGUAGGGUAGAAGCUAGUAGAAUCAAGUUUCUGCAUGUCUUACAAAGUUGUGAUGAUGUUAUAAAAGACCAGCGCCGCUUGUGUGCCCAUUGGAACAGUUUAUUCUGCUUCAAACAAGUGUGUGAUUCGAUAAAAAGUGAUUGUGCAUCCACUGUGCGUUCUCUCCUUUGUUAUGGUCCUUAUCACCCAUACCCACUGCCAAUGCAUGCCAUGGGUUUGAAGUUGCUCAGGGUACUACAUGUUGUUCGUGUCCGGUUUUACCAUAUCUCAACUGAAAUUUUCAAACUAGUUUGUCUACGAUAUCUUGCCAUAACUUACAACGGUGACCUCCCUGCUUCCGUAUCCAACCUUUUUCAACUUCAAUUCUUGAUUAUUUAUAGAUAUAUGAUCAUUAACAAGCGUGGGGUUCAGUCAUAUAUGCCUUUGCAAAUUUGGGACAUGCAAGAACUACGGUAUCUUGAGAUAUUGGGAAGGGACCUGCCCACCCCUAAUACUAAUGAUGCUGCCUUGAAUAAACUCACCACACUUAUUGGUGUGAGUGCAAACAGUUGUACAAUGGAAGUUCUCAAAAGAAUUCCUAAUUUAAGGGAUUUAAUGAUUGAAGUUGUGUUGAAGCCUUAUGAUGAUGAUGAAGAAACCAGCCCAUUGAGUUCCUUGAGUUAUAUAUCAAAACUCCAGAAUUUGAAAGCGCUUAUGUAUGAAAUCAGGAAUCCGGAGAUAAAGCGUCAGUUUCCUACCAUUCUUCAUCUUUCAAUGUUCCCAUCAAGUCUCAUAAUGUUAACUUUGGAAGGGUUGGGAUAUCCUUGGGAGUCUCUAAAUGACAUUGGUUCGUUGCUGCCAAAACUCGAGCUUCUCACAUUAAAAUGCUAUGCCUUUCGGGGCCCAGAGUGGGAAAUAAAAUCGGGGAGUUUCUUGAAUCUUAUUGAUCUUCGAAUUGAAGACACCGAUUUGGUGCAAUGGAGACCUCAACAUGGAAGCCUCCCGAGGCUUCGUAUACUAAGGAUGAAGCACUGCUACAAAUUGCAACAACUCGAUUUGUCGGAUGAUCAGUCUUCGAUCAGGUCCAUUGAAUUAGUGGAGUGCAAUCCUUUAGCUGUCGUUUGUACCAAUCAUUUAAAAGGAGAGUUUUCCUUCAAAGUUAAGGUCCGUUCUUCUUUUUGAGCUCAAGUGACUUUGCAACUUGCCCGACAGGCAAAUGGGAGAGCUGAAGGGGUCAGACGUUGCGUUAUCCCAUAAUGUAGAUUGUAUCACCUUGUCGUCUGAAUUUAAGGAUUUGUAACUUGAUUUGGAUUUUGUUGGGGAUUAUGAAACCUGAAUGCUGAAUUGUGUAUGCAGUUUGUUACCGAAAUUGUUGUAAGUUGGAUUUGUGUGAAAGCAUUAGUUGUGAUGCAUGAUUUUCACUUUGUUUUGA